UAAUCCUCGCAACACAGAGCAAAUAUCUCUCUCUCUCUCGCACCCCCUCCCUCAUCUAAUAACCAUCAUAUCGCCAUGCAAGCUCCCUCCUUCGCCUACAUAUCCUCUAUUGAAAGUGCCUAUAUAGAAGCUGAUGACCAAGGAGAUGAGGAGUCCCUCUUUCUUUCUCUUAGCCCUCCUGGACAACAACACAUUACUAGACACCCAAAUCAUCGCCGUUCUUCAAUCCAUCCUAGGAAUAUUCAAGAAAACCCUAGUAAUUUUGAAAGUGGUGUAACAAUAGCUCUCCAUAUUGGUCCUCCAACAGCCGGAGCAAGGACCAGCAACCGCCCAGAUAAUCACAUUGGCUCUCUAGUUGAAGGACAGUACUGGAUUCCUUCCCCAGCUCAAAUCCUUGUCGGCCCGACACAGUUCACUUGCUCUGUCUGCAAUAAAACAUUCAAUAGAUACAACAACAUGCAGAUGCAUAUGUGGGGGCAUGGAUCACAAUAUCGAAAGGGACCCGAUUCACUAAAAGGACCAAAACAAGCUUCUUCUACGCUAAGACUGCCAUGUUAUUGCUGCGCUGAAGGAUGCAAGAACAACAUAGAGCACCCAAGAUCAAGGCCGUUGAAGGACUUCAAGACUCUACAAACACAUUACAAAAGAAAGCAUGGUGCAAAACCAUUUGGAUGCCGAAAAUGUGGCAAACCUUUUGCAGUUAGAGGUGACUGGAGGACACAUGAGAAGAAUUGUGGUAAGCUUUGGUUCUGCAUAUGCGGUUCUGAUUUUAAGCAUAAGAGGUCCCUUAAAGACCAUGUGCGUGCUUUUGGUGAUGGCCAUGCUGCGCAUACCGUGGACAUGUGUCAUGAUAUUGAUGAAGAAGAAGAUCAAGAGGACGAUAUUAAUAAUAUGGAAGAUUAACACUAUGAUAAUAGUAGAUUAGCUGACAGUGAAGGUCUAUAUAUAUCUAGAAUUAUUUGGAGUUUUUUUUUUUGGUAAGAAUUUCCAUAAUUUGCCAGUCAUGACUAUUUUGGUGUAUUGCCCAUCCGUGGGAGAGCAAGAGUGGGAGAGAGAGAGGAUGAGGACAAACAGUACAUUGAAAGCUAGGUAGGCAGCAUUUAAUGUUAAAAGCGUUAGCUCGAUUGUCUUAUUAAAGAAGCCCCUUUUUUUUACAACUUUUUUCAUGCGAAUAAAAUAGAGAGAGAGAGAGAGGUAAUCAGUCGUGGUCUGGCCAGAAUCAUCAAAGGUAGUCAAGUGAGUAAAUUCAGUGGUGAGUGCAGAUAAGAGCAGACAUGCAGACAUCUACAGUAGUCACAUAUUCUACUAUUCACAGCUUGGCAUUUGCCACAGAUAUUGCGUACCCUCUCUUUCUCUUCUCUGUCACAUAUUCACACAACGCAGAGAGAAAGAGAGUGAUAUCCCAUAUGGGUUCAGUCCCUCCGAGCUUCGACUACCACUACAAACACUUUGAUCGAGCCUCUUUUGUCAGUGAGAGAGACUGAGAGAGAGAGAGUAACGAGGGACCACUGAGUUUUGCUGUUUUUGGGGUUUCACCCGAAGAGGUACCUUUUUUCCUUUUCAGAUGAACUACAAACAGAUCACCACGACGCAUUUUUCAGGCCUCUGUUCUUGCCGCUUUUAACCCUAAUAAUGUGUCCAUGCAUGCCCUAGCUGCCUAGGCUUUUAGCAC